AUGGUGAUGCAUCGUAAAAGGCACACAAAUGUAUACUUGCGAACUUUUCCUUUUUUGAAGCCUUUUCGCCAACACGGAACUGCCUCUGUGCGAUUCCGACAGCAAGCGUUCUUCCCCUUCUUUUUAAAGGCAAUCGAGGGGGCCUUCCCUGGAACGGGCGCCUUCGGUUUCGUUCCCAGCGCUGUGUUCCAGCAUGAGCGCGGUCCAGGAGGCCUUCUUGACUUCGCGGCCCAGGGUUUCGCCGACUGGAAUGUGUGGUUUGAGGAGUCCACUCUCGAGUCGCGGUCUCCGUGGAACUACACAGGCGCGCGGAACUCUGCUCUCAGUUUCACGACUGAACUAGAGAGGGAAGAUCCCACUGGAAGGGGAAAGCACACUUCGAAGACAUGCGAGGAGGGUCAGAAGAGUCUCGAGUUCUAG